AUGUCUUUUAUAUCAAAUGAGGGUUUAGGCUCAAAUCAUCCAUCUAUUCAAUUAAAUCAAAAUCAAGAUUUUUCUGCUCUCCUAAAUUCUGGACAGGUUUCUGGAAAUUUAUUAACUUCAUUAAAUAAUGGAUCAACUUUGCUUCAACCAACAAAUAACAAUCAACAUACAUUGAAUGAUUUAAGCACAAUAUUUUUUCAACAACAACUAUUGAGUCAGUUACAACAAAAUAGUGGAAAUGGUAGUCAAAGUAGUUUCAUUGGGACUGGUAAUGGACAGGUUGGAAAUAUAAUAACAAACACAAAUUCAUCUAAUAAUGCAACGAUUUAUCAACAAUUAUUAAAUCAACAACAUCAACAACAACAACAACAACAAAAUAGUUUACUGUUAAAUGCUGCUGCGGCACAAAAUCAGCAACCAUCAUUAUCACAAUUAUUACAAUUACAACAGGCUCAAGCUCAAGUUCAAAAUCAAUUACAAAAUUGUGGAAAUUUACAAAAUUCAUCAUUACAAACACAAAACAUUCCACAAUAUAAUUCUGCAUUUAAAACUCAAACACCAAUACCACAACCAACACAACAACAAGGAAAUAUUAAUCCAACACUUCUUCAACAAUUAAUAAAUGCAGGUGUAUCACCAACAAUACUUGCAAAAUUAAUAUCUGGAAAUAGCCAACCAACUAAUCAGAUAAAUUAUUCACCAGCUACGGCAACUCAAACAAAUUUAUUACUUCAACAACAAUUACAUUUAGCUAAUCAACCACAAAUGCAACAAAAUCUUCAACAACAAAUUAAUAAAAUGAUUGAAGCACAUAAACAACAACAAUUAGCUGAAAAAAGAGCUAUGGAAGAAAGGCACAUGUUAAAUCAAUUAUUAGCAGCAGCAAAUCAAAGUAACACUGUUAAUGUUUCAUUAUCAUUACCAUUUCCAACUGGUAAUAAUAAUAUAACACAACAAUUACAAGGAUUAUCUACAGAAGAAGAAACACAAAAAUUAAUAAAAGAAUAUAUGCUUAAACAAUCUAGUGGUGGUCUAAGUACACCUCUAAUAACACAAAAAAAUCAUCAACAAUUACAACAACAACAACAACAUCAAACACCUCAGGUAUUAGUUAGUGCUGGAAAUGGAUUGAUAAAUGGAUUACAGCAUCAAUCAUUAUUACAACAACCUUCACAACAACUUUCUGCAACAAUAAAUCUACCUCAAUCAAUUUCUAUUCCACAAUCUACCUCAUCAACAACUCCAUUACCAAAAGAUCCAAAUUCUGUUCAAUUAUUAAAAGAUCCAAAAUUUGUUACAAAUCAUAUACAACAAAUAAUUAAUAGAAAUGAAGAAAUUAUUGAACAAAGUCCUGUAUUAGCUAGACGACGACCAUACUAUAGACAACCAUCAAAUACAUCAAUACUUGAUAGUCAAAUGACAAAUUCAUCUAAUCGUUCAAGUUUUAGUGAUAAAGAAUCACCAACAAAUCAAAUUAAUUCAGGAGGAAUAGAAUUUAAUCAAACAAUAAAUUCUAAUUCAAUAGAUUCAUCCAUAAGACAGACAUCCUCAAUAGAAAUGGUUAAUAAUAUUCCUGUAACAUCAUUACCAUCUGGUACAAGUAAUGGAAGUUUAACAAAUGGUCAACCAUUUAUUAGAAAUCUUGAUAAAAUUCAUCCACGAGGUUUUGCAUGUGAAUUUUGUAAUCUUUUAUUUCCUAAUAAAGCUGGCCUUCAAGCACAUUCAUUCCGUUGUAGUAGAAAUGAGGAAGGUGAAAGUAGUAUUAAAGAUUCUUCUAUAAAUUCAGGAAAUGUUGUAUCAUCAGCGAAUAUAUCACUUUCAAAUAAUAAUAAUAAUGAUAAUGAUAUACCAUCAUCUACUUUAACUAUUAAUUCAAAUCCAUUAAAACAACAAGAAAAUGAUAAUAAAUGUUCUUCAAAUUUAACUACACAAUCUUCAUUAAUAGGAAAUUCAUUAAAACGUUCAUUUCCUACUAUUGAUUUUAUGGCUGAAGAUGUUAUAAAAAAUCUUCCAUUUAAAAUUUUUAAAAUGAAAGAUCUUCGACAAAUGAGUGAACAAAGUUUUUCUGAAUUUGCAGCAGAGGCAAAAAAUAUUAUUCCUGCUAUUGAUCAAGGAUUACUUAAACCAGGUGAUGAUGAAAAUGUUUUAAUUGAAUUACGUACAAAAAUGCUUAAACAUGCUAUAAAAAAAGCUGCUGAUUAUGAUACAAAUAUUGAUGAAAAUACAUGGAGUAAUUUAUUAAAAUCUAAUAAUAAUAAUAUUCAACAACAAACAUCUUCUGGUGAUUUAAUUCAACAACCAAUACCAAAUAUAAUUGAUGAAACAAAAAAUGAUAAUAAUAAUAAAAUUAAUGAUAUUAAUAAUAUUGUUAGAAAUAAUGGAUUAUUAUCAGAUAAUGAUACAAUAAAUCAACCAUUAAUAGAUACAUUAAGCCUUUCACCUUCAACUCAUCAAAAUAUUAAAACGGCUGUUGAAACUGCUGUAUCUUAUGUUAGACAAAAUGUCUCAUCACAUAUGCCUUAUGCUGUUACAAUAAAUAAUUUACCUACAGAAAAUGAUGGAAAUAAAAAUUUAAAUGAUUCACAAGAUGGUAGAAAUUCAUUGUCAGGUAAACAUCGUUUAAGAAAUAUUACAUCAGAAACUUAUCUUUGUCUUAAUACUAUUCCUGUUCAUGAGGAACAAUUAGAUACACAAAGUAGUUUUUUUUCUAAAUGGAAAGUACCACAACCUGAAGAUAAUAAUUUUUCGCAAUAUUUAAAAUCAUGUAAUUUAAAAACAAGAACAGGAAAUAAGAAUACAUAUGAAUAUACAACUGCAAAAGGUGAUAUUAAUUGUUUAAAAAUGACACAUAGUACUUAUUGGUAUCAAUCAAAAAGUAUUAAUGAUAAAAAUAUUAAAAAAGAUUCAUCAGAAGAUAGUUGUAUUAAAGAAGUAGUUGAAUUAAUACCAGUAACAGAAGAAAAUAAGAAACAAGAAAUAUCUAUACAACCAACUAGUAAUGGAUAUACUUUAUCUUCAAAUAUAUCACCAACAACAUCAGAAAGUAGUGAAAAAUCUUUUACAAUAACAAAACCACCACCAACAUCAAAUGAUAAUAGUAAAAGAAUAAGAAUUGAAAGUUCAAAUGGUUUAGCUGGUUAUAAGACAGAUGAAGUUUAUGUUUAUGUUAGAGGACGUGGUCGUGGAAGAUAUGUUUGUGAAAGAUGUGGUAUAAGAUGUAAAAAACCAUCAAUGUUAAAAAAACAUUUAAAUUCACAUACUGAUAUUAGACCAUUUAAAUGUAUACAAUGUAGUUUUAGUUUUAAAACUAAAGGAAAUUUAACAAAACAUUUACUUUCUAAAGCACAUUCUAGAAAAUUAGCUGAACAAAAAAGUGGUAUUGAAUUACCAGAUCAACCAACAACAUCAUAUAAUAAUGUAUUAUUUUGUGAUGAAGGACAAUUACAAAUUAUUACAGAAGAUCCCUCUGAAGCUGCUGAUAUUGUUAAAAUGGGUAAACAUGAGGCAGCUUUUAUGAAUAUUGAUAAUGAAUCUGAUGAUGACGAUGAAAAUCGUAAUGCUCCUGUUUAUGAAAGAAAUAUUUAUCGUAAGUAUGGGCAAGAAGUUAUUAUACAAGAUCGUCGUGCUCAUACACCACCAUCAUUAUGGUGUAAUCCUGUAGUACCAGAAGAUACUCCAACAUGGGGUGAACCAGAAUUUAAUAGAUCAUGUCAAUCAGCACCACCAGCAUCAUUUAGUGAAAAUGAUGUUGAAGUUGAUGAAGAUAAUAAAAAACAACAAGAUUUUCAAAGAACAAUACAACGUAUUAGAAAUGAAUCAAUGUCUAUGACGUCUUUUUUAGACGAUAAGUCUUUUGCUAAUACAAAUAAUAUAAUUAUUCGUGAAAAUAACAAGCAUCAGAAUUCUUGUAGUAUUAAAAAUAAUAUUAAUGAUGGAAAUAAUGAAUAUCAAACAAAUGGACAAAUAAAUAAUAUUAAAUUAAAUGUAUCAAAUAAUUUAACUACUACAAAUGAUUCUUUUUUAGUAAAAGACGUUAAUGAAUAUGCUUGUGAUAUAUGUGAAAAAAAAUUUAGAAAAGAACAAGAAUGGAUAUUACAUCAACAUACACAUACAAUUGAAAAAAAUUCACAUAGAGUUAAAAAUUAUUAUUGUCCAAAAUGUAGAACAUGUACAAGAAGUAAAACAUCAAUGAUAAAACAUAUUGAAGCAUUUCAUACAUUAAAUGCAUCAAAUAUAAAAAAUUUAUUUUUAGAUAAAUUAGGAAAUGGUGAUGAUAUAUCAAUGAGUGGUCAUGUAUCACCUAAUGAAAAUUCAUCAAAUUCAUCAACUUCUAGUACCCCAACAUAUAAUAUAAAUAAUGGUAGUAGAACAUUUUUAUGUAAUGAUUGUAAUAAAGGUUUUCGUACACAUGGUGUAUUAGCUAAGCAUUUACGAUCACAGCAACAUAUCACAAAAAUGAGUAUAUUAGGAAAAUUAAAUGAAGAUCAAACAUGUGCUUUAAGAAGAAAUCCACAUUGUUUAACAAAAGUUGAUACUAAAGAUUGUGAUGCAGCUCGUCAAAGUAUUAUUUCUAAAGCAAAUGAAAUAUUAGAAGAUGAGAGAAAUGGAACAAUGCCUGUGAUGACAGUAAUUGCUACUGAUAACAAAUGA